AUGCCCAAGAAGACUGAUAAGUCUGGCUCGAGCUCGCAUCCCAGCUAUGAGGAGCGCCUACGUAGCGCGCUGGACCUCACGCAGGUUCUGGGCAUUCUCAAGGAAGCGGAAGCUAGCGGAAGUGAGCAGUCUCGCACCUUCUUUUUCCAAGCCUUAAGCGUCUUGGCCCAGAAGGCAGCAGCAGAGCCUGCAGCGAGUGCGGAGUGCAGAGUCGAAGCUGUCCGACAAGGAGAGUGGCUCCUCGAGUCCAGUUCAAAGCUGGAUGGUGGCAAGCCCCAGGAGAGCGCUGUCACCUCCAUGGUUCGCGUCUGCUGCGCCUGCGGGGCUCAAGAGAAGGCCUUGAACCUUGUGGCAGAAGCACAGGCGAAGGGCGUCAAGCCACGACUUCGGACGCUCUCCGCUGUUCUUCUGCAGGCAUCUGAGGCGGGCGACCGCUCGACUUGUGAGUCGCUUUGGGCACGGCUGCCAAGCCUGGGCCUUGAACCUCAAGACUCGGAGUUUGCGAUUAUGCUGCGAACCUUCCGUGGAGAACCACUUCGUCAGUAUGAGCUGUUGCGCCAGCUCAUUGACGAGCUGCCACUGCCUUCAGAUCCACCGCUGAUCGACGAGAUUGGCCGAGUCUUUGGCGUCGAAGGCGUGCAGGCUUUACGGUCGCUGGAUCCACCCGAAGCAGUUGGACGUGAGGAGCAUGGCAACCGUUGGCAUGUCGGUUGGACUUCCCUCAGCGAAGAUGGGCGAUGUGCCUUGAGCGGUCAUCGUCUACAGGCUCUCGACAUCUCAAACGAGGAGGAGGCCUUAUUGGAGAAAAUGGUGAUCAAGCUUGCCGUCGAUGGGGUAAAGAAUUCGGGCAAACGCUUCAAACGCUUCAAGAAGUGGCUGGAAGAGCAGCCACCCUUCGACAUCGUCAUUGAUGGGGCCAAUGUUGGCUUCAACAACCAGAAUCGAGAAGGAGGUUUGUUUCAGUACAGCCAAAUCGACGCAGUUAUUCAAAAGCUGCGCGAAACUGGUAGCCGGGUACUGCUGGUGCUGCACCCGAAAUGGCUUCGUGCAGAUGCAGAUCGGACUGUAACCAAACGAAAGAAGCGAAAACUUGAUCAGAUCAACCUGGAGUCAGGACUCGGUUCUUCUGACGAAUCACCGGAGGAUCACGAGGAUGGCGAGCCAGAGAUCCAGUACCCCUUCGACCCCAUCACCGAAGCAGAGCGAACAGCGCCCUCGGGCACACCGCUGGGCUUCAUUCGGCAGUGGAAGGAGUCUGAGUGCCUAGUCCGUGUACCCGCCAAGGACUGUGAUGAUUGGUACUGGCUAUUUGCGGCGCUGUCCUCCGCCCGCCGCGGUGCCAGGCAUGUACAGGUGGUCAGCAACGAUCACAUGCGAGAUCAUCACUGGCGAAUGGUCGGCAACCGCGCGUUCCUCAAGUGGCAGGGAAGACACAUGACCAGAGUCAGCAUCUGGUCCGAAGCCUCAGAUGUGGAGAACUGCAAAGUUACGCUGACGCCUCCGGACCUGUAUUCUGUGCAGGCGCAGGUUUCUUGCGAUGGCAGCCACUGGCAUUUCCCGGUGCCUACUCUGCCCAGCCGUGCACAGCAGCUCUCAUCUGGACGCCCAUUACCACGCAAGGAGAUCGAGUCGGCCGAAUGCCACUGGCUGGUUGCGUGGCAGAAGAAGUGA